CAAAAGCAAAACGCUACAAUCAGAGCCGUGGGAAGGUCUCGUAGUGCCGAGAGCGAUACACGGCACCGAGCCGAUUCUCUCUCUGAUGCUUUUUCGCAUGAUCGCAGUGUUUCUCCUGUGCUAAAAACAUAGAGGAGGUUUUGCGGGACAGGGGUAGACCCCGGUGAAUAAAGCACGGAGUGCAGAGUCAUUCCGCGAGAGCUGAAAUAGAGGAAAGGAGGAAAAAGCUCUCCGUUUGGAGGGAGAUGGGACGCGUCUCGGCGCGGCUGCGCUCCAUCCGGUCCGCGCAGACAGAGAGCGCGCUCCGACGCACCGGACACAAUGGCACGGAUGCUCGCGCUGAUUUAGGCCGGGAGACAAAAACCUUUCUCUCUGUCUGAGUGUGUGUGAGUGUGUGUGUGUGUGUGUGUGUGUGUGUGUGUGUGUGUGUGUGUGUGUGUGUGUGUGUGUGUGUGUUGAGGAUUUAUACAGCUAGAGACAACGCGUGUUUCACAAAACAGGAGAAAUUCAUGCUCCGAGAUGACGGAGGGUCGGCGAUGUCAGGUCCAUCUCCUGGAUGACAGGAAAUUGGAGCUCCUUGUGCAGCCCAAGCUGAUGGCUAAGGACCUGCUGGAUCUGGUAGCUUCGCACUUCAACCUGAAAGAGAAAGAGUAUUUUGGAAUCUCCUACACUGACGACACGGGUCACUUCAGCUGGCUGCAGUUAGACAGGCGUGUGCUGGAGCACGAGUUCCCCAAAAAAUCCGGCCCCAUCGUCCUCUACUUCUGUGUGAGGUUUUAUAUAGAGAGCAUCUCUUACCUGAAGGACAACGCCACCAUCGAACUCUUCUUCCUCAAUGCCAAGUCCUGCAUUUAUAAGGAGCUCAUCGACGUGGACAGUGAAGUCGUGUUUGAGCUGGCCUCCUACAUAUUGCAGGAGGCCAAAGGAGACUUCACAAGUAAUGAUGCUACACGGGCAGACCUUAAGAAACUGCCCGCUCUGCCCACACAAGCCCUUAAAGAGCACCCGUCCCUCGCUUACUGCGAGGACCGAGUGAUUGAGCAUUAUAAGAAGCUGAGCGGCCAGUCCAGGGGCCAAGCUAUCGUCAAUUAUAUGAGCAUAGUGGAGUCACUGCCUACAUAUGGAGUGCAUUACUAUGCGGUUAAGGAUAAGCAGGGUAUCCCGUGGUGGUUGGGUCUAAGUUAUAAAGGCAUCUUUCAGUAUGACUACCAAGACAAAGUGAAACCCAGAAAAGUGUUUCAAUGGAGGCAGCUGGAGAAUCUGUACUUCAGAGAGAAGAAGUUCUCAGUGGAAGUCCAUGAUCCUAGAAGCAGGGCGUCGGUAACUCGAAGGACGUUUGGACACAGCGGCAUCGCCGUACACACCUGGUACGCCUGCCCCGCCCUCAUCAAAUCCAUCUGGGCCAUGGCCAUCAGCCAGCACCAGUUCUACCUGGAUCGUAAACAGAGCAAGUCAAAGAUCCAUGCAGCACGCAGUCUAAACGAAAUAGCCAUUGAUCUCACAGAGACAGGCACACUGAAAACCUCUAAACUCGCCAACAUGGGCAGCAAGGGCAAGAUCAUCAGCGGCAGCAGCGGGAGCCUUCUGUCCUCAGGCUCUCAGGAGUCAGACAGCUCUCAGACAGCUAAGAAGGACAUGCUGGCAGCUCUACGCGCCCGGCAGGAGGCUCUGGAAGAAACACUCAGGCAGAGGAUAGAGGAGCUCAAGAGCAUCUGCAUUAGAGAAGCGGAGCUGACUGGGAAGCUUCCUAAAGAAUAUCCUCUAGACCCAGGAGAGGAGCCGCCUACUGUACGGCGCAAAAUCGGCACGGCCUUCAAACUGGAUGAACAGAAGAUCCUGCCCAAAGGAGAGGAGGAAGAGUUGGAGCGCUUGGAACGGGAGUUUGCUAUCCAGUCUCAGAUCACGGAGGCAGCGCGGCGUUUAGCCUGUGAUCCUCAUGUGAGCAGUAAAAAGCUGAAGAAGCAGAGAAAGACAUCGUACCUGAACGCACUAAAGAAGCUACAGGAUAUCGAGAACGGCAUCAACGAGUACCGCAUCCGCUCGGGCAAGAAACCCACGCAACGAGCCUCACUCAUCAUUGAAGAGGCGAAUAUCGGCUCAGAGGACAGCUCUCUGUCUGAUGCUCUGGUGCUAGAUGAUGAUGACCCCCAGAUAGCAGGGACACCCACCUUUUCUCCGGUUUCCUCCCCACACAAAGGCCUUCCUCCCCGGCCUCCGUCGCACAGCAGGCCUCCUCCUCCUCAGUCUCUGGAGGGUCUCAGGCACCUGCACUACCAGCGCAGUGACUAUGACAAAUCUCCCAUCAAACCUCGCAUGUGGAGCGAGAGCUCACUUGACGAGCCCUAUGAGAGGGUGAAGAAACGCUCCUCCCAUUCCAGCAGUCACAGGCGGUUCCCCAGCACAGGCAGCUGUGAGACUGGAGGGAGUAACUCUUUACAGAACAGUCCAGUGCGCACACUGCCUCAUUGGAACAGCCAGUCCAGCAUGCCCUCUACUCCUGACUUGAGGACCAGGAGCUACGUCCAUUCUGCCAGCCUGUCUCAGCCUUUCCGUGGGCGGAGCUCCAGCCUGGAGUCUCAGGGGAAGCUGCUGAGCCUAGAGACAGGACCCGAGGCAGAGCUUAGUCCAGACCUCUUCCUGUCAGGGCCACAGCGUGCAGGAAGCAGCGGCUCGGUAGUGCCAGAUGACUGCUCAUCAUGCACCAGCCACUCGAGUUCCGAGCACUGCUGCCCACCGGCAGGUGCCAACCCCAACUACCGCACCCUAGCUGAGGACUCACCUUCUAGAGCACGCCAACGUCAGCGACAGCGCCACAAAUCAGCCGGCCACCUGGGCACCUCCAGCUCAGGCAGCAUGCCCAACCUGGCUGCACGUAAUGGUGGGACACCGGGAACACCCCACCAGGGUGUCUAUCUAAACAGCCAGAGCCAGCCAUCAUCACAGUAUCGCAUUAAGGAGUAUCCACUUUACCCCACAGGCAGCAGCCCGGGUGCUGUGGUGGUCCGCAGCCUGGAGAGUGACCAGGAAGGCCACUACAGCGUCAAAGCACAGUUUAAGACGUCCAACUCGUACACGGCUGGUGGCCUUUACAAGGAGGGCUGGGGGUCAGCAGGGGAGGACGGUGAGGGAAGCAGUGCCAGUGGCAGUGCCAGGCUCACACCUUCCAGGUCUCAGAUAGUGAGGACUCCAUCUGUUGGUAGGGAGGGAGGAGGGAACAGAGCAGCUGUGUCUGAGGAGCUACGGUGCUGGUACCAUCGUUCAUCCGGAUCGCUCAAAGAGCACGCACGUCUCACACACACCAGUUCGAAUACAGGGAGAGUUGGUACACUCGUUAAGGGCUCACCGGCUGCCUCUCCACACAGCCAGAGAAGUGGAACUCCAUGUAGUGAGUCAGCAGCAACACCACCCUACAGCCCCCAGCACAUCCUCAACUGGCAGAGCGGAUCAUUCAGCGACAGCUGUUUCCUGAGCAGUCCCCUGUGCUCUGAGCUCGCCGACGUGCAGUGGUAUGGACAUGAGAAAGCCAAACCGGGAACUCUCGUCUAAAUCCAUCCCUCCAUCUCUCCUGCUUCAUCCCCUUCCUCCUGGAACAGUGUUCUCUGAGCGGAUCUGUCCACAGGCUGGAUAUCAACACGUAUUAUAAACAUACCUAUGGCUGAAGCCAACACCCCUUCACCUUCUCUCUCUGUGUCCCUGUGCAUAUCCAGCAGUACAGUGGCUCUGGACUUGGGGAUCACCGAGGUCUUACAGAACUGAACUAAACCAAACCUAAGUUGACCUUGUUGAUCCUCCCACUGCAUAUUGUAUGAACUCUGAACUGUGACCCAGUUAGCUGCCAGCCAGUUGCUCCGUAUGCACAAAACCCUUCAUCCAGUCCCAUCGCUGGAGUGAUACACCAGGGGUGUGGCCUCUCUUCUCUUUUGGGUGUGUGUGUGUGUGUGUGUGUGUGUGUGUGUGUGCCCAGUCUAGUGAAUUGCCGCAUGUAUGCAUACUCAGACACACACGUCUGUGUGUAAUUCUGUGUAGAUGAUAAGGAGCACACACACUCCUGCAGAACGUUGCUGUUGGUCAUUUUGUUUGUAACCUUUAUGUGCACUGUUCUGUUGGAGUGAACGCGAUGAAUCACACACCCCAGUCCACCGAGUCAACCAUAAAACCUGUUUCCCGUUUUAUAACCUUCUGUAAAAAUAUGUGCGCAAACGACUGAGACCACAAGACCGUAAGAUGACAGAAUCACCCUCGUGGAUGUGAGUCAUCCAAGAAAAGCAGCAUUAUUGGCGUUUCUAAUUAAAAAUGGUCACGUCAGGUAUUUUUGGAUUAUCCAGCACGUUCCAAAAGUGGGUGAUUUUGGAAACACAGUAAAAGGCUAACCGCAAAGCGCUGCAAUGACAACUGAAAUCUGAAGAUCUUAACGCCACUCCAAAAUAUAUGGAUACAAUAAAUAACACGAAUAGACGACAAUUCAGACAUCGGUACGUCCUUAUUCCGGUUAUAGCUAGUCGAUGAGGUUUUAAGUCUUAAUACUUUUUGGGCCUAUUGAAGUUCUUCUUACAAUUCAAUAUCUACUCCUAGAUGAUAAAAUAAACUAUGUGGACCUCCAGCCUCGAACAAUCAGUAAUAAACUCAAAACUCCUCCUCAUUAGUAUUCAGGUAGUGAACGUGUAUUAAUUCCUGAACAUGUAUUAAUUCCGGUUGUUAGGUUAAGGCUUAGUCACAUAAAUUCUUUUUAAAGUUUUAAAGCCAGAAUAUCCAGAAGAACAUUGACAAAUCUAAAGAAGCACUAAACAAAUUCAGAUAAAAAUAGUGUCAUUGUGUUACACCAGUAACAUUUGUGUAUAGCAAUAUAGCAACAGAUAAGUGAUUAGUUUUGCGUUAAUGAGUUAGAUAUCAGUGCUUUAAAAUGAUUUUCUAUGUGGAAUCUUACUUCUGGCUGGUUUUAUUUAUCGAUUCGGGCCUAACAGGAAAUGGGACCCCGUGUUUGUCCGGGCGUUCCGACGGUUCAGCAGUUUGAUGAAGCAGAAACAGUUUGUGAUGGUUGUCAUUGCAGGGCUGUGUGUAGACUUGUAGGGACUCGUCAGGUCACAUCAGAUAUUUUUUCAAAAGGUGAUGAUUUUGAAGCUUGUGGUCUCGAUCUUUGUCUUUUUUUUUUUUUCAUUUAUUUCCAUUUCAUUUAAACGUCUCUAUGAGUUAUACAAUAGCUGUAAAGUUUUGCAAAUGCCAUGUGGUGCCAUAUUUGAUCUGAAGUUUUAUGGGAAACUCGUCCCUGAAUGCUAGCCGGAUGAGCUGUGUGUUCCUGAGUGUAACCUAUUGAGGAACGCUGAAGUACUGUAUGUGCCACUCACACUCUCGGGCAGCUCCACCAGCCUGCUAGCCACCAUGGUGCUCUGAGCCUCUACUGUACUGUACACCCAUGAAUAACAAAUCCUAUAAUCCCCCUGCUCUGAGCCUGCAAGAAAUCCUCGUACCCUGGCAUCUUCAACAUAGAGAACUUUUUUUUUUUUUUUAUGUUUUUCUGUACCACAUACAGCUUGCACUCAACUGUACUCGGUUAGGGACUGGAUGAAACUAUAAGAGCACAAUGUAACGGGGCACACGUCAUACAGAUCAUUCGCUGACCAACAAACUUCUCUCUAAUUGAUCUUUACCUCUGUGCCAUUUCAAGAGACAGCCUAAGCAUUCCAGUAUACGAGUAGAAUACACACAUCUCGACCUCGGUUCUGAAAGCAGAAAAACCUCCACACUCCACAUCUUAGGCUCUCAGGUGGAGAGGGAAAAACACAGGGUGUUUGUAUCGUUUUAUGCAGCGGGAUUUUAACACGAAACGAUGGUGCUCUUCUUCUCAAGCUGUCUCAUGUGACGGGGAAACACGGCAAGCCAUACACUAACAACCACGUCUACUCCACAUUGCACGGUUCAACAUCACACACUCGGAAAUGGACACACAGAAGCAAAGGACUUACAGAACUAUUUAAAAGCACACUCUUUUUAUUUAGGUAUACAUAUUUCCAUUACUACAGAUUAUGUGCAUCAUGUGCCAUCAGAACCUUUAUAAUAGAGUCCAAACAGAACAUCCUGCAAUGUGAAAUCAAUUGCUGUUUGUGUGUUUCUUCUGGGGAUUCGAAUUUAACCUCUUACCCAAAAACAGUGUGAUGCUGCCUGUCUUACAGACCUGGAUGGUGGCUCAUAAGUGCAAAACAUGUUAACAAAUAAAAAAGCAACAGCAAAUCAGAAAACAGUAACAGAAGUUUAAAAAAAAAAAAGUUAACAACAUAUUAAAAGAUGCAACAAAACUAAAAAUGCAACAACAAAUCAGAAAAGUAACAAAACGAAAAUCAUAACAAACAAAACAAAACUUAAAAACAAGUCAGAAACCACAACAAAAUGUGGGGAUGUGCAACCUAGUGUUUAAGGUGCUAGGCUACCAAUCAGAAGGUUAUGAGUUUGAAUCCCACAUCCACCAAGCUGCCACUGCAGGGUCCCUGAGCAAAGCCCUUAAUUGUAUAAAAAUAAGAUCAAAUGUAAGUGGAUCUGGAUAAGGGUGUCUGCUAAAUGCGGGAAAUGUAAAACAAAACAGAUGAAAACAACAAAUCAGAAAAUGCAGCAGAACUAAGAGCAAGAAUAAAAUCAUAUCAGUAUUAAACGCAGGUUGGUAUUGAGUAUCACUUGCUCUUUUACGAUUGGACACGACCUGUGACCAUCACAGGGUAAUCAGAUCGCAGUCUGUUCUUUAGUUGCUCUAGCAAAAAUCUGGCGUCCUUCUAAAGGGUUUUCUGCACUCGGCUAAUUUUAUUCAUGUCGCGCAAAACUGAAGUUUCUAAAAUAUCAUAUGAAUAUAAUAUUGCAAAAAAAUGCAAUAAGCGAUAAAAGUAGGAGUAGAUUCAUUGUCUAUUUCCUCUGAUUGUAAACAUUCUCUAACUGUCUGCUUUCCACCUUUACCAGAAAUGAUGUAUGCAGUAGCCAAUCAGCAGCAAGUUUGUCUGUCCUUUGCUAAAGACCUCACUUCCUGUUUUGAGACCAAGGUGUUUAGGGGUUUUCUGAUUUGCUGUUGCAUCGUUCGUUUUGUUUAUUUUGUUGUGUUUUCUGAUUCAUUUUGUUAACGUGUCUCACCGUAGGCCUGAGUUCGAACUCAAACGACGCUUCGGAGGCAAAUUCAGUUCUUUGGUCUUAAAGUGAACCUACAUCCGUAACUCUUUCAGAUGAAGAUGUCGUCUCAUCCCCACAGUGCUGUGAUACAGGUGUCGUGUUUAUCUCUUCAGUGAGAAAUGAGAAAACCGUAUCUUUUCUCCUCAUGCCCUCCUUCCUACCUGUAUUUAAUAACAAGCCUAAACCUUUUAUAAUAAAAGACAAAACUAACACAUUUAUCAACUUAUAUGGAAAAGCCUAUGGAAACCUGUCUGGGUUAUUUUACAAGAAGAACAAGAAGAAGAAAAAGAAAAAAAAAGAAAUGUUCUAAUGUUUUAAUUUUUUUCUUUAAUUUUUUUUUUUUUUAUUCAAACAGUAUUUGUUUUAUUUCUAUUUUACUUUUUCACUAUGUCAGGACAAAGUAACCCUUUCAGGUGCUACAGGAUGACCAGUUACUGCGUUGUUUCCUAGCUGUAGACUUUUCCUAACCGUUGUCAAUAGUUUUAAUACAAGUCGUGCAAAAUGAAGGAUGUUAGUCACUAAACCGUGUCGCUCACACCCUCAUUCCUGACAAUAGAGCAUGUUUUCAUCACUUUAUGGAGUUCAAAAAUCAAAAAUAACCGCACACGUUAUAACAAUGUUGUAGAAAAACAGAUGUGGAGUUGUUGGGAGGAAUAACAAUGGAUUCCACAGUUAAUUUAUUCUUUUUCUAUUAAGAAUUUGUAUAGUAACUUUACAUUUUUCAAAAACUGUGUUGUUGGCAACCGAAUCUGAAUUUUCCAGAUGAGAAAUGUGGUGGUUCUUGAAAUUAUGAAAAUAAAUUAUUGCUGAAUGUUCUCUAAA